AUGUUUCCAGCAGGUGGAUCGUUGCCUGGAUCUAGAGGAGCCUGUUUUGCACAAAUUUUCAAGAGGAAUUUGCCUGUUGCAUCAGAAAUAAACGCGACACACAAACUCUGCAGUGCUCCUCGCAAACACGACUCCAACAAACAAGGGAAAAGAUUUGAGUCUGGUCCCAACAAGCCAAACGUAAAGCAGUUGAUCGAUAGAUACAGAAAAGGGGAAACAAAUGCCACGUCUUUGCUCCAUCAACUUGCCCAGUGUUUACAGUUCAAUCUAGAAAUCAAGGAAACGGUAACAACAGGAAACCUACAAGGGUUUUAUUUUGCCUUUUGUGUUGUGAUUGAUGGAGUUGAAUACAAGACUGGCAUGGGUGUAAACAAAAAGGAGGCUCGUCAUAAAGCAUCUGAGCUUGCUCUGGAGGACUUGAUUCCCUCUUUGGAAAAUCUGAAGUCUGCUAUCCCAGAAGAUCCAUGUAGAGAUGUCCCUCCACUUCUGCCCGUAAAAGAGGAGCCAUCCAAGUCUGAUGCUCAUUUCUGCAGAUCUACUAAUGAAAGGAAGAGUUUCAUUAACCUGCGGAUUCCCCGAGCUGUGAAGGAGCAGCUCAGCAGGCUGAUGAGCAGCUACCCGGCGUUCUCCGACUGCUCCGGCUCCACGGCGGCAUUCGUCGUUCAAAGCUCCAGUGGGUACGAGGUGGUGGCUCUGGGCACCGGGACAUUUGGUGCUAAAGACUGUGCCUCAUCCAACGGGCGGAUUGUGCACGACUCACAUGCAGUGGUCACAGCGAGGAGGGCUCUGAUGAGGUAUCUGUACCGGCACCUGCUGCUGUUCUUCAGCAAAAACGCCAGUUUGUCUGAGAAGUCCAUCUUUGAGAAGAACAGCCGGGGCGACCUCCUCAGCCUUAAGACGGGAAUCACGCUCCACCUCUACAUGAACCAGCUGCCAAACGGGGCUGCCGAGAUUCCCUCCAAGCUGCGCUUGAACCCUCUGUCCGUCUCUGCAUGGCACAUGAACAACGAGAUGAGCCUGCACGUGUCAGUAGGAGGAAAGGUGUUCUCAGUUUUGUCGUCAGACUUUGACCACUCAGCGUGUAAAGUGAUCAGCAUGUCGGCCACAGAUAAAAUCACCCAGUGGCAGGUGCUGGGCUACCAGGGAGCUCUGCUCAGCCACUUCAUCGAGCCAAUCUACGUCCAGAGCAUCCUCAUAGGGGAUUCUUGCUGUGGGGAGACUCGCGGUGUGGAGGUGUCGGUGAGCCAGCGCGUGGAGGGCAUCACCCCCCAGCUGCCCAUGCAUUACUGCCAGAUGCGGCCGCUCAUCGGCCUGGUCUCCUCUGUGGCCGCCCAGCAGGAGGGCAGCAGCCCGGAGACCCACGGCCUCAACUGGAGCGAAGGAGACGCCUCCCUGGAGGUCGUGGACGGCCUCGAGGGCAAGACCAUGCAGGAGUAA